AGCCAAGUAUUAUUACUUCACCAUCUCCAUCGUUCUCAGUCCAGAUGUAGAAACCAUUUUUUUUGCUGAAAGUCCAAACACAGAAACUGAAACGGCAAAAUGGCAAAAAAACGCAGAAAAAUUAGAAUGAAAGCGUGAGUGAGACAGAAAAGAAGAAGAGAGGCAAUGCGAUCUAAAGGUCUAACAGCAUCACAUGGCGGUUUGAAGCAUCAACAAUGGUGGCAUGAGUCAGAAUUUAUCGAAGAUAUUGUGCAGGCGAUAUUGCACAAAUUAAGUUAUGCAUUCCCAAGAGAUACCAAAGGUUUAGUAGGAAUAGAUGCUCAAGUGGAGGAAUUGAUGUUGCUUUUGGCUAUAGGAUCGAAUGAUGCUCGCAUCAUAGGGGUUUGGGGGAUGGGGGGAAUUGUUGAAAUGGCAAGGCAAAAAGCAAAUUUGCGCACGCAUUCCAAGAGCGUAACCGUGGAAGGAGCUUCUACACAACAUGUGAAUCAAGAAACGAACCAAAAAAUGCGUGAAGCUUCUACGCAAGAUGUGCGGCCACCUGUAUAUGCCACUCGUGGGCCAAGCAAGUACUUGGAUGUUUGGGAUCUUCCUGAUGACAAAGUAAUUGAAUUGCCUCUAAAUAGUAUGUAUCAGCCGGUUGAUGAAGGGGCGAGGGCUUUCACUGGUUUCUUGAAGACGAUUGCACGGAAACCCCACAUGUGCCCAAUUAGAUAUCUGACUUGGAAGGACAUACCAGAAGAACUUAAAGAAGAGUGUUGGCAUCUUGUAGAGCGAAAAUACGUCGUCCCUACGAAUCCUACUGCAUAUGCAGCUUUGAAGACAUUUACCUUACAAAAAAUUAGGAAGGCUUGGAGGGUUCACAAGUGUAGGCUGAAAACAUCUCAUUACAUACCACAUCUAAGAAACAAAGCACGGGUGAAGAACAACCGACCCAAGGGAUGCAUACCAGAAGAUUGGGAUGUUCUUGUUGACCAUUGGUAUACUGAUGAUGUAGUGAUAGAGUCAGAGAAGAAUAGGGACCGUCGUUCUAAACAGGAGGACUUACAUACUGUUGGUUCAUGUAGCUUUGCCGUGCACGCUGCAAAGAAGGCAAAAGCGAAUGGACGUCCUGUAGAGUGUGCAGCAUUAUAUUCAAUACUGCACACUCGUAAAGAUGGAUCUACAGUUAAUCCUGUAGUACAAGCAAAAAUGGAUAAAAGGAAGGAGUUGUUGGCUGAACCUUCGAAUCAAUUGCAAUCAUCUGACAUAAGUGGUAGUAUUACAUGGGCACCAGAUGAUGUGUUUGCCAAAGUGAUGGGUAAGGAGUGCAAAGGUUGUAUUUGUAGGGUAGGAUUUGGUCCAAGCCCAAGUGGGCGAAGUAGCAAGAGUGCUCUUACGGACCUUCAAAUACGAUCAAGUCAAGAAAGGGAUAACGAAGUUGCACAACUGAAGGCUUCCUUGGCUAAUAUGCAGGAGAAAUUGUCCUCUUUUGAGGAAAUGAAGGAAAGACUUAGCCAAUUCGAAGAGAUGGAGAAAAGAAUGGCUCACAUGCUUCAACAAAUGCAACAAAUAACUUCACAAUGCAGUCAGGAUGUUUCUCCGAUCUUACAAUCCCUAGCUCUCCAAAAAUCAUCAGCUGCAUCCUAUCAACCAAGUAGCUUAUAAAUUUUAUGUUGGUGUUUGAGGACAUUUUGUGUACAAAGAACCAUAUUUGAACAAAUGCAUUUUUUGCAAGUGUUGAAAAAUAUUUUGAAACACUUUGAAACUUUGAUUAUAGUAUUAGCUUAAUUUAAGUGUUGAAGGGCUUUUUGGGUACAAAGGAGCACAUCUUUCUUUUGUUAAUUUUAUGAUGAUGGUUAUAGACAAUGUUAUGUAUUUGAUAA